AUGGGGAGAGGUCCCCUCCGGAGUUCCCGGGGGUCCUCUAGCAGAAGGUCAACGUCAGCGUGGACGCUGGUGGUGGGGAUGCUGCUGAUGCUGUCGGUCGUCAUUCUCGUCCUCCUUUUCCUGGGUACCUUCUCGAUCCCCGAUUCCGAGGACUCCCCAGGGCUGCACGCGGCGGUGGCCCGGCGCCUGGGGGGCGGGUCUCAGAAGGUUGCGAUCGAUAGGUAUACGUUUUCUUCGCAACCGAGUCCGUUGUGUUCAUGCUGAAGCGGAGUCUAACAACCUGUCAGAGGCGGUGGCUGAUGGGUCGUGAAUUAACCUUGUCUUCCCUCUUCAGCGAUGGAUUAGGACAGAGAGGCGAGCAGUGGACGGAGGUGAUCUCUUGGGAGCCAAGGGCAUUCGUCUAUCACAAUUUCUUGGUGUGGCUUUUGUCUCCAAUUUUUCGAAAUCACGCACACUCUCUUUUUCGGUAAUUGCAGUUCAAUUUUUUUUAAAAACUGAUCCAGGAUGAAUGAUCGGAUAUUGAUCUCCCACUUUCUCUCUCUAUUUAAUUGAGUCGGCCUGGUCGGUUCCUUCUUUGCUUCCAUAAUGCCAUGAGACUAUGAAACAAAAUUAAUCCUCUGUUAGGAAUCAAAACUAAUGCUGACAUCAGAUAAUGCAUUUGAGAUUUAGGUAAUAAAUAAGAUAGUUCAAAAUGUUUAAAAGUGGCCCAGGAAGUAUGAUCUGAUGUUGAUCUGAUGUUCAAAAUGCUUCUUUCCUGCCAUAUUGCGUUGAUACUAAUAGUUGGAUGCGGGGGGCUUUUCUGUUCAAAUUUUUUUUUUUUGGCAUUAAGAUAGUAAGAUUGGAAACUCCUUCUGGAUCUUUCUGCACAGAUCCUUCUAUUAAACCCGGGAUUUUCUGUUAUCACAAAGGUGAAGGGUGGGACUUUGAAUGAUCUAGCUUAUGGGAUGUCUUUUUUAGGGACCUCUUUUCUUUUGAAUCUUUUCCAGGGGUAAAUUAUUCUUCUUUUGUAAUAUUGGGAGUGGAAAUUCCAUCGAAGCUUAUGAAUCCCGAGGUAAUAUCAUAUGAAUACCUAACGUUCUCUCCGUCAAGGGCUGCAAGGCACUUGUUUUGUGAUUUUUAAUUUUUUUUGAAGAUUAAGAAUUUUCCCGGCCAUCACUGCUCCUCAUUUUUCUAUGAUUACCUUGUCACUAUCGUCCUGUUGGUGAAUAAAUUUGAAUACUGCAGGUUUCUGGGAUGACGGACGGUAAAAAAAAUUCUUGUGACAUUUAUUCCAAUCGGAGCCCUUCCAUGUUCCAAUCGGGUCAUCCUGCAUCGUUCAUUUCCCAUAAGAAGUCUGAAUGUGAAGGCUGUUUUUGUGUUAUUGAGAUGAUGCAUUUGACGAAUAGCUCCAAGUUAGGUUCAUAGUCUACCCUCGCAGCAAUCUGUAAUAUGCUACUGUUGAUAGUUUAUAAUGUCCUGGUAUCUAGCUGGAUUUAAAUUGCUUGCUUGUAUGGUGAACAACCAAAUAACUCAUAUCUUCCCCAUAAGGAGACAAAAUAAGGUUGAAAAGAUAAACUGGUUCCAAAUCGUGAUACAAAAUUAUGUCUGUGUAACUAUUUAGGGGUUUAAAAUUGCAAGUUUCAAACUAAUGCUACAUUCAUGGGAGUUGGACUCUCUUGAAGAUGUUUGUCUCGAGUAACUUGGCAUCAAACACGAGACAGCAUCUAACAAGGGUAGCUUUAGUUUAGACCAUUAUUUAUUUGGUGGAAUAUGAAGUUGAGCCCGCAAGGUUUUUAUGUUAUGGUGCAAAAAAAGGAAAAAAAGAAAGAGUGUUGUUUCCGUGUCUGAUAUUCCUUCUGUCAUUGAAAAUUUUGCUUUAGCUUAUGUGCUCUUAAUCACAUGGUAUUUUAUCUGAUGAUGUCUUCUGUGAUGAGAUUCUAAAGCAACUGAUAGGCAACGUAUUUUAACUGGAAAACGCCUCAGCACAUCAGGUAUUUCUGUGGGUUUGUGAGAAAUUUAAUGAUCGGGGACAUCUUUCUGUGCGAGGGAGAAGGAAGAAUUUCUACUAUUUUGGGGUUGUUUUGUCUGUAGUUUGUUCCUCCUUUUCUGUCCUAGGCCUUGCUGGGGUAAGGCUAUACUGAUGUACCGGGAUUUAUUCACGUUUUGUCUGUAGUUUGACUACUCGUUUUCCAAAUUUGUUCAUUUUCUCUCUUUUUCUACUAUGAUCACGUGGGAUUAAAAAGUGUACACUUUAUUUUGACAUUUUUCCUGUGCGGACUAAGUAAUCUGAUACUGGCUUCUUGUUGUUACAACACUAUUGGAUUUACGAUCAUCUAAGUACACUUUUUGUGAAAUUUAUUUUCUGCUCUUUGAUGGUGACCAAAGACGUGAGAGGGCACAUUUUUCAGUUUAGGGAUAAACCUGAAUGUUUUGCAAAUUUUGAGAUCUUAUGGCAGCUUCUUGAUCUUUUACCUUUCACUGAAGGCUGGAGUAUAUUAAUUCGAGAUAUUUUAUUCAGUAAGAGAAAUUAUUGAUCAUUUUUAAAACAAGGGACAGUUCCUACCAAAACAGAUGUGAUCAUUUUGAAUUGUCUGUUUUAAAAGCGAUGGUUUUCGAGUAAUAUUUAGACAUGCAACAUAUUCAUUCUUCUUUAUUUGUACAGUCUAAGGAGGAGUGCGAGCAUCUGAUUAAUCUGGCAAAGCCUUAUAUGCAGAAGUCAACGGUUGUUGAUAGUUCCACUGGUAAAAGCACCGACAGCAGGUCUGCACUGGUCCAUGAAAUUGCUUUUGAAGAAUCAUUACGCAUUUUUUAAUGUAGUUAAAUUCUAAAUAUUUAAUUGUUCCAAUGUCGAUAAUUUUCUUCUUACUGUGAUAAUGCAUGCACGAAAGUUCUGCUUUGCUGGACUUUUGUGUCUUGUAAACUUAUAUGGGUUUUUUUAUUUUUUAUGAGCAUAUGCUUUGUAAAAGUAAUGUAGGUGUCUUUAGUACCAAAUAGUAUUUGAACCUGGUUUUUGUUGGUAGAUCGGCUCUUAUUGGAUAUAGAAGAGCCUCCUUAACAUGGGUCGUAGACCUCCAUGGCAGCUUCACGUGAUGGAGAGAACAAUCUCGAAUUUGUUUUUAACUACCUUUUAACAAUGGGUAUGAGAGAAAAUAAUGUGGCAAAUUGUCUUCCAUUCCCAACGACAGCUAAAACGAGUAUCUCUUUUUGACAUUCGCACUUUUCAAACUAUACUAAAAAGGGAACAGAGUUUGUUUGGUUCAAGACUCAGCAUUUUGUACUUCUUGGCAAGCCUUUAUUUCUCCAAAGGAUCCUCUUUCUAGUUUUUUGACAGGUUGUUAACCGUAUUAAUGAUUCUGUCCCAUUCUUGAUAUCCGAUGAGCCAUAAGGUCAUAGGAAGGAUAAUUAUUUACAACUUUUGCUUUAUCUUCCCGACAACAGCUUAUAGAAUUGUGGCUUUUUUGUUGACAUGAAAAGUUCUCAUCAUUUGUAUUUCAACUAACAGGGUUCGGACAAGCUCAGGCAUGUUUCUCAGGAGAGGUCAAGAUAAGGUUAUUCAAGCGAUUGAGAAGAGAAUUGCAGACUUCACCUUCAUUCCCGUUGGUAAGCCGUGGGAAUGAUGCCCCAGAAAAAUGCUGCAGAAUUUUCCCUUGACGUGCUCAUCAUUUUGCUACUUUGAAACUGUUAGAGUUUCAGUUUAAUAUUUGAGGUUAUUCGAUCGUUUGGUUUGCCUGAAACUUCAGUCUUAUCCACAUUCUUUGAAUGACUAAAUAUGAUGUUGCUGUAUAAUUCUGUUGAGUAAAGAAAUUAAAAUAUAUCGCCAAACUUGAGAUUUUCUUAUCCUAAUUUCUAUGAUAUGAUUCCCCAUAAAGCUUGAUUUGACGAUCUGUAACGUGUCAUAGUCACAUUUUGAUCAUGUUUGCAAGAUAAGACUUAUUUCGGGAAUUGACCUAUCUUGUGGGAGACAUCUUGAAGUUACGUCGGAAAUAAUGAUUGAAUUGCCAAAGAUAUGGCGGAAAGAUGUUCUGUUGGGAUGGUCUAUGAUCUAGACUUAUUGGGGACAAAAUAUCGAAAUUAGAUCAAGUAGCCAUAUCAAAACCAUAUAUAGUAGCAACUGGAAUCCGAUGAGAGGAACUGUGGUGAGAAGUCAUUAAACAGAAGUUUAUUGGAUUUGUUCCUGGGUAACACGAUUAUUUCUCUUCAAAGUUGUACGACACCCCAAGCACUACUUCACAAAGUUUUGGUUGUCUCGAUGAGUAAAGGGGUUUACGAGAAAUCUCAGGGAUGAAAUAAUCCAUCGCCCAAGCAAUCUUCAGAGUACAAUUUCAGGGUUCGUCCGUAAUAAGUUCGAAGCACGACUUGGUAUUCGAGAUGGGAGAAGGGGGGCUUAGACAACCUUUAGCAAAUCAGGUUUUGGAACCUCCAUCGCUGAAGUAAACAUUGUGACAUUGAGUAUAUUAUAAUGUCUCCACCUGUUUGUAUUGUGUGUUUUCCGGGUGUUGCCUUGUUGUCAAGACAGUCCAGACAUCCAUGGUGUCUUGGUUUCUUAGGUAGGCCGCACUAGUGCUCUCUUUGACAAUUCUACGAGUUGCUUGGUUGUUACCAACGGCAUUGUAUUCGAUUCUUUUGUAUGAUUCGUUUGGCCAUGCAAUGGCCAAACUGACAUAUAUAUGUUGUGUUUUUAGUCAUAUGUUGUUUAUUUAGUUAUUUUUCCGUUAUUAAUGUUAAUAUGAAGCUAUUUAAAGUUAUUAUGUGAGUUGCUUUCGGUGCAUUCCUUAUUUACAUGAAUAUUAUUUCGAAUAAUUUAUUGCAUACUCUUAAUCCCUUGCAGGUAUAAUUAUAUUAUUUCAAACUGCUGAAUAAUUGGUUUUUCAAUAUAUUUAGAGAUAUAUUGACAGCUGCCUCGGUUAGCUUGGUCUCUGGAAAAACCUAGACUAUGACAUAUUUAUGGGUAAUAUCAUCGUCAUUUGUAAUUAACAUGGGUUGAAGGAGUCUUUGACGCAAUUUUUUGCCGUAUUUGACCCACAUUCCUUUUAUGCUUCUUCUUGUAGGAUGUUUGAUGGACAUCAGAUGUAUUCUAACAUCAGAUAUAAAAUAUUACUACCUGUUUUGGUUUGAUGAAUAAUAAGAUAAAAUGAACUUUGGGAAAGGAAAGGUGAUGACACGGUUUGGUGGAUUAUCUUUUAUGCAACGCUCUUGACCAUACGGGCUGAUAUAGAUUUGUAUUCUCUCCACCUUCCUUGGUCCUCUUCCCGCUGAUCCUCCCAACCAAAAUGCCACCUCAGUGGAUGAGACUUAGGGUAUUCCCUUUUAAAUGGAUCGUGUAGUUAUGUCUUCAAUCCAUAAUCUGGAAACAGAUCAACUUAUUUGUGUACUGAAGAGCUAUGACCUUGCGUAUGGAUAAAAAAUUACAUCCAAUUCAGGGUCUGUAUAUGUGACCGUCAGUCACGUAUUUGGAAAUUUGUUUAACCAAGGGCUUAGGACAGGUGGUCCUACCAAGUGUCUGUAAAUUCAUACUCAAUAAAUGUGACCUGCCUGAAGAAUAUUUCAUGCUCAUGAUGUGUUUACUAUUUUGAAUGUGGCAGGGUGUAACUUUUCUGUAAUCGAGGAUCAUUUAUUAAAUAAUUCUUUCCUAAUUAAUUUUAUUUAUUUAUAAUACAUAUUUACAUAUUAAAUCGAGCUCGGUACUAUUGAAUUCUGUUUUCUAAUCAGUCAAGUGUUACUUUUUAAAAAACAAUCUAUAGUGAUAUCUCAUGAUGCACCAAUCCAUAUAAAAGAAUGUACUAUCAACAAGCAGGUGGCCAGGCACAGCUUCAAGUUUCUGUUGUUCUUUGAGGUUAAUAAUUUCUAUUUGUGUUGAGGGAUAGGCGGUGAAUUCAGUCCCGUUGAUGCUGGGGAAUGGAUAGGCACAUUGGUUUUUCUUCAGCCUUGAUGGGUGUCAUCUCGCUUAAUAUGAUUUCAUUAUUUACAGAGCACGGGGAGGGCCUUCAGGUUCUGCAUUACGAAGUUGGACAGAAAUAUGAGCCCCAUUUUGACUACUUCCUCGAUAAAUUUAACACCAAGAACGGGGGUCAGCGUAUUGCUACCGUCCUUAUGUACCUGUAUGCUCUAUGAACCAUUUACCCACUAGAAAUUAGGUUCACCACAGAUUUGAAUCAAAUGCAAUGCGGUAAUCUUCUUUUCCUUUGAAAUUUUACAGUUCGGAUGUGGAAGAAGGCGGAGAAACCAUCUUCCCUGCUUCCAAAAUGAACAGCAGCUCCUUGUCAUACUACAGUGAGCUCUCUGAAUGUGCCAAGAAAGGACUCGCCGUGAAACCAAAGAGGGGCGACGCAUUGCUCUUCUGGAGCAUGAGGCCUGAUGCCACGCUCGAUCCAUCUAGCCUGCAUGGUGAGCUCAGUCUAUCCAUUUCAGCAACUUUCACGGAGCAGUAAGUUGUCUUGAUAACUCCUAUCAAAUGUCCAUGGCAGGAGGAUGCCCCGUGAUUCAAGGAAACAAGUGGUCGUCGACAAAGUGGAUGCAUUUGAACGAGUACAGGGCCUAG